AUGGAGGGAAUGGAUACAACACAUUCGCCUUCAUUAACAGGCAAUACUUGUACAAUUCAGCAUAAUCCAACAGAUCGACAUAAUAUAAAUGAAAUCAGUGGUAGUACAACAAUUGAUAUGCUCAAAGAUUGUUGUAAUAAUAAACUUGUUAAAACAUCGGAUAAGCAUGCAAAAUUUUUAUUAGAAAACUUAAAUUUAUUAAGAAAACAAAAAGAAUUAUGUGAUGUCAUUUUGAUUGUUGGCCAAAAUAAAAUUCCUGCUCAUCGAGCUGUUCUUUCCGCAUGCAGUCCUUAUUUUAAAGCAAUGUUUACUGGUGAAUUAGCUGAAAGUCGACAAACAGAAAUAGUUAUUCGUGAUAUUGAUGUAUAUGCCAUGGAAUUAUUAAUUGAAUAUUGUUAUACAUCAAGAAUUGUUGUUGAUGAAAAAAAUGUUCAAAUGUUGUUACCAGCAGCCUGUAUUCUUCAAAUUGAAGAAGUUCAAAUAACAUGUUGUGAAUUUCUUCAAAAACAACUUGAUCCAACAAAUUGUUUAGGUAUUCGAGCAUUUGCUGAUACACAUUCAUGUCGAGAACUUUUACGUAUUGCUGAUCGUUAUGCACAACAACAUUUUAUUGAUGUUAAAGAAAGUGAAGAAUUUUUAUUUUUACCAAUAAAUCAAUUAAUUGAUAUUAUAUCAAGUGAUGAAUUAAAUAUGACAAGUGAAGAAGAUGUUUUUAAUGCUGUUAUGCAAUGGGUUUCAUGUGAUGUUCAACAAAGAAAACAAUAUUUACCUACAAUAUUAGAAAAUGUUCGAUUUCCAUUAAUGAGUGCUCGAUUUCUUGUUAAUACGGUUAGUUCAGAUCCAUUAAUUAGAGCCGAUCAAAAAUGUCGAGAUUUAGUUGAUGAAGCUAAAGAUUAUUUAUUAUUACCACAAGAACGAUUAAAUAUGCAAGGACCAAGAACAAGACGACGAAAACCAAUUAAAUCAUCUGAAGUUCUUUUUGCUGUUGGUGGUUGGUGUUCGGGUGAUGCAAUAGCCAGUGUUGAAAUGUUUGAUCCAACAACGAAUGAAUGGCGAGCUGUAUCACCCAUGUCAAAACGAAGAUGUGGAGUUGGAGUUUCUGUACUUAAUAAUCUUUUAUAUGCCGUUGGUGGUCAUGAUGGUGUUAGUUAUUUGAACAGUGUUGAACGAUUUGAUCCUCAAACAAAUCAAUGGAGUAAUGAUGUAGCACCAACAAGUUCAUGUCGAACAAGUGUUGGUGUUGCAGUACUUGAUGGAUGUCUUUUUGCUGUUGGUGGACAAGAUGGAAUUUCAUGUUUAAAUCUUGUGGAAAAAUAUGAUCCAUCUACUCAACGAUGGAGUCGUAUAACGUCGAUGGGUACUAAACGAUUAGGUGUAGCUGUUGCUGUACUUGAUGGAUAUCUUUAUGCUAUUGGAGGAUCAGAUGGACAAUCUCCGCUUAAUACAGUUGAACGUUAUGAUCCAAAAACAAAUAAAUGGUCACCAGUAGCAUCUAUGACAACGCGUCGAAAACAUCUUGGUUGUGCUGUUUAUAAUGGAUUUAUCUAUGCAGUUGGCGGUCGAGAUGAUGCGACAGAGCUAUCAACAGCUGAAAGAUAUAAUCCAAAAGCUAAUCAAUGGUCACCCGUUGUUGCAAUGAAUUCAAGGCGAAGUGGAGUUGGUUUAGCUGUUGUUAAUAAUAAUUUAAUGGCUAUCGGUGGAUUUGACGGUGCAUCAUAUUUAAAAAGUGUUGAAUUAUACGAUAGUGAAUCAAAUAGUUGGAAAUUACAUGGUGGAAUGAAUUAUCGUCGAUUAGGUGGUGGUGUUGGUGUUAUUAAAGUUCAACAAUAUGAUUCAAUACUUUAUGGAACGAAUUCCGUUUCUGGCUCAUCAUCAACAUCUCCAGAUGAUAGUAAACAUCGUUCUCUCUCGAAAUUAGUUGAUCUUUGA